AUGUCCAGCCCAAGCCACCCCUGUCUUCACCUUUUCAGCCUCCACGUUCCCCGCCUGUGUGCUCCACCUUGCUCCCUGUCUUCUCCCUUUUCUCUUUCUCUCUCCCUCUGUUUUAUAGCUGCCAAGGGCAGUAGAGAGGUUGGUCUGCAAGCCUCCUUUUCGCAGGUGGAGUCGCUGCGGAAAUCCUACACAGCUGCAACAUCAGCCGCAUCUAUAGCAGGAAAAACAGCAACAGAUCGUGUCUGGAGAGGCUUUUUGGCUCCAAGUGCAGGAUCUGAGCCAUUCGGGCUCCUCGGCUCUGAAAAUGAAGAGGAAGUCUCUCUUUUGAAGGUUUGUCAUGUGAAAGAAGAAACGAGCAAGAAUAUGUGGUACUUAGACACAGGCUGCAACGAUCACAUGUGUGGUGAUAAGUCGCUCUUCUCCACCUUAGACGAAUCUAUCCGAGACAAUGUGAAAUUUGGGGACAACUUCAAAGUCUCUGUCAUGGGCAAAGGAGAAAAUGCAUUGUUAGCAAAUAACAUCGAGAGCCAUUUCCAAAAGGAAAAACUCAGAGAGCAAGGCAGUUAUUGGAAAUUGUCCACUCCGACAUUUGUGGACCUAAUCCUGUAUCUAAUGGAGGAUAAAUCUAAAGCCUUAAUAGCUUUCAAAAGCUACAAAGUCAUGGUUGAGAAAGAAGCAGGAUGUUCAAUUCAAGUGUUGCGGACCGAUCGCGGAGGUGAAUAUAAUUCAUACAAAUUUACAAACUUUUGUGAAGAGCAUGACAUCAAAAGGCAACUCACCACCCCCUUCACUCCACAACAAAAUGGAGUGUGUGAAAGAAAGAACCGCACAAUCAUGAACAUGGUGAGGAGCUUAUUGACGAAGGGUGAAAUUCCAAAGAAGAUUUGGCCAGAAGCUGUCAACUGGAGUGUUCACAUUUUGAAUGAAAGUCCAACUCUUGCAGUCCAAAAUAUGACACCCGAGGAGGCUUGGAGUGGUAGAAGACCAAAUGUUAGCUACUUCAAAAUAUUUGGGGCUGCACAUCAUAUUCCUACAGAUUUUGAUGGAGAAAAAGAUGAAGAAGAACAACAUCUUGUGGGGAAUCAGCAGCAAUCCACCAUUAUUCAAGCAGAUGAUUCAUCUGAGGUUGCAAGAGAACUAAGGUCACCACGACUCAGAAGGAGACUAGCAUGGAUGCGUGACUAUGAGGUAACAGGGAUUGAUCAGUCUGAGGAUCCACUCAUACACUUUGCUCUCUUUGCAGAUUGUGAUCCUACGAAAUUGAAGGAGAAUGGUGAAGUUGAUAAAUACAAGGCGCGUUUAGUCGCGAAAGGAUACAAGCUAGAAUUCGGCAUCGAUUACAAAGAAGUGUUUGCUCCCUUCGCACGGCACAACACAAUCAGAUUGAUAAUUGCAUUGGCAGCUCAAAAUUCAUAG